AUGGCUGGCCCUUCUCCGUCACCGCACAAGCCUCGUCGCAGGACCAAGAAGACCGGCAAUGGCGGCGACAGGCCGUCUCGCUCAGAGGCCCUGGUGAGGGCGCCUGCUUUUCCCCUUGCCGCGUUUCUCUGGCCGGCGCGCACUUCUUCGUCGCAUUGGGAGGUGUUGCCCGUGAUUCUCAUGGUUGUUGGUCUGUUUAGAUGGGCUGCUGGAUUAUGGGGAUAUUCUGGUCACCGCAAGCCGCCCAUGUUUGGAGACUACGAAGCGCAACGACACUGGAUGGAGGUGACGACGCAACUCCCCGUCUCGCAGUGGUAUUUCCACGAUCUCCAGUGGUGGGGACUCGACUAUCCUCCCCUGACCGCCUACCAUAGCUGGGUUCUGGGCAAGAUCGGAGCUCUCAUCGACCCCUCGUGGUUCGCCCUCUUUGCUUCGCGAGGCAACGAGGAUCCCAACCUCAAGAUCUUUAUGAGGGCGACCGUCAUAAUCUCGGAAUACCUCAUCUACGUCCCGGCCGCGAUUGUCUUUGUGCGACGGUAUAGCCGCCUCCAAGGAGUUGCCAACUGGAACGCCUGGCUUGCGCUCGUCGCCAUUCUGAUGCAGCCUUCGACUAUCCUCAUUGACCAUGUCCACUUUCAAUACAACACUGUCAUGCUGGGUUUCGUGCUUGCAAGCAUGUCCAGCAUGAUUGCGGACCGUUACAAGUGGGCUGCCGUCUUCUUCGUUGGAGCGCUGGGAUUCAAGCAGAUGGCUCUGUACUAUGCCUUCAGCGUCUUUUCUUACCUGCUUGGACGAUGCGUCUUCCCUCGGAUCAACCCGACCAGACUCUUUGGCAUUGCUCUCGUUACCAUUAUUUCCUUUGCCAUUCUCUUACUACCUCUGAUUCUGGGCACUCUUCAUGAUGUGAAGCAGGGAAUCGAUCCGUAUGCGGAAUCAGACGGAGCUCGACCACCUCUUCCUCUGUUCCCCCAACUUGCGGAAAUCCUCGACACCAAGGCCUUCUACUACCCUCUCGUUGUGCAACUGGUCCAGAUGAUCCACCGAGUAUUCCCCUUUGCUCGUGGCUUGUUCGAGGACAAGGUUGCCAACUUCUGGUGUGCUGCCAACGUUGUCAUCAAGCUUCGCCAGUACCCAGCGGCUCUGCUUCAAAAGGUGGCACUCGGCGCGACGCUCGCCUCUAUCAUCCCUCCCAACAUUAUCCUAUUCCUGCGACCCCGAAAGACGACGUUGCCCUUGGCAUUUGCCGCCACGGCUUGGGGCUUCUUCCUUUUUAGCUACCAGGUUCACGAGAAGAGCGUCCUGUUGCCACUGAUGCCAAUGACGCUGCUCUUGGCUGGCAAGCAAGGACUGAGCAAGGACACUCGAGCUUGGGUUGGAUUCGCCAACCUUUUGGGAGCCUGGACCAUGUUCCCCUUGCUCAAGCGUGUUGACUUGAGGGUUCCGUAUGCAGUCUUGACCCUUCUUUGGUCAUAUCUGCUUGGUCUUCCACCUACCUCUUUGAGCGCCUAUUUCCAGGAAGGCCAGGCCGCCUGGGUCCAAUGGGCAACAGCCCUGCUCCAUUGGAUAUUCUAUGCCGCCAUGGUGGGCUGGCAUGUUGUUGACGCACUGGCUGUGCCCCCCGUCGACAAGCCGGACCUCUGGGUUGUGGCCAAUGUCGGUAUUGGGGCGGCCGGGUUCAUCAUUUGCUAUCUUUGGUGUUUGUUGAAACUUGUUCAGGAAUCUGAUCUCUUCCCGACCAAGACAACCAAGAAGAGCAAGACGUCAUAG